GACUUCCGAACUGAAGGGGGCGGUAUAUCACUGUCGCUGCUGUACGACUGACUCCUCGAAGAAGAACAACAACAAAAAGAUCAGUUAAAAAAAAUUGGCACCACAAAAGAAUAGCUAGACCACGUUUAAGUUAACUUUCUACAACUAGGAUAGGUUUAAACUUAUUUAGUUUUUUUAUACCCUUAGUGAUAAUUUGUUUUAAAGCGUCACAGAAAAGCUAUCGACAUAGCUGAGGCUUUUACAUCCGUCCAUUUUUAAAUGCUCUGUUAUAUCGAAUCUCGACUAAAUGCUAAUUGUCAACGAGGAGAUAAUAAGAACUACGCGCUGCUAAAAAGCCUCGUUUUAUAUUUGUUAUAAAACAAUAAUACUAAAUUGACAUGACAGGAAUGGCAUCUCCAGAGAAAGCGUCGAGCUCCAAGAAGAAAGGAGAGAGAAAAUGUGCCUCCAAAGAAGAGUACAGACAGCUGUCCGGCAUCAUGGCAGUCAUGAACAACCUACGAAAACAGGGAACACUGUGUGAUGUGACCCUAGUGGUUCAGGGGAAGCACUUUUCUGCUCACAGGGUAGUUCUGGCCGCUGCCAGUCCCUUUUUCAGCCUCAUGUUCACCACCAGGAUGAUGGAGUCGAUGUCCCAUGAGGUGGAGCUGAGGAGCGCCGAGCCAGAGAUUAUUGAACUGCUGAUUGAGUUUAUUUACACAGCCAGAAUCUCAGUGAACAGCAGCAACGUCCAAUCAUUGCUGGAUGCAGCUAACCAGUACCAGAUCGAGCCGGUCAAGAAGAUGUGUGUGGAGUUUCUUAAAGGCCAGAUUGAUCCUACAAACUGUUUAGGUAUCACUGCUCUCGCAGACUGCAUGGACUGCCCUGAGCUGAGGACGGCCGCAGAAGACUUUUUCCAGCUUCAUUUUACUGAAGUUUACAAACUGGAUGAAUUCUUGCAGCUUGAUGUUUCACGGCUCACUCACCUGCUGCACCAGGACAAACUCACCGUCCGCUCUGAAGCCCAGAUCUAUGAUGCAGCCGUGCGUUGGCUGAAGUAUGACGUGUGCAACAGACAGCAGUACAUGGUGGAGGUUCUGGGAUGUGUCCGUUUUCCUCUGGUUUCCAAAACGUUCCUUUCCAAGACUGUUCAGGGCGAGCCGCUGAUCCAGGACAACCCACAGUGCCUCAAGAUGGUCAUCAGUGGGAUGCGUUAUCAUUUGCUCUCCUUGGAGGACCGAGAAGACCUGGGCGAGAGCAGUCGGCCACGGCGCAAAAAACACGACUAUCGCAUCGCUCUGUUUGGAGGCUCCCAGCCUCAGUCCUGCCGCUACUUUAACCCAAAGGAUUGCAGCUGGACAGACAUCCGAUGCCCCUUUGAGAAGCGCAGAGAUGCCACAGCCGUCUUUUGGGACAAUGUGGUUUACAUCCUCGGGGGUUCCCAGCUGUUCCCCAUCAAGCGCAUGGACUGCUACAAUGUCCUGAAGGACAGCUGGUACUCGAAGCUCGGCCCGCCCACGCCUCGUGACAGUUUGGCAGCUUGUGCUUCCCAAGGAAAAAUCUACACGUCUGGAGGAUCGGAAGUGGGUAGUUCAGCCUCGAACCUCUUUGAGUGUUACGAUACGAGGACGGAGUCGUGGCAGGUGAAAACCAGCAUGCUGAUGGCUCGCUGCAGUCACGGCUCAGUGGAGGCCAACGGACUGGUUUAUGUGUGCGGAGGAACGGUGGGAAACAACGUCUCUGGAAGGAUUGUGAACAACUGUGAGGUGUAUGACCCUAACACACAAAAAUGGAGGGAGCUGAGUGGGAUGAAAGAAGCCAGGAAGAACCAUGGAUUAGUGGUUGUCAACAGUAGGAUCUAUGCUGUUGGAGGCCAGGGGCCAUUAGGUGGACUGGAUUCAGUGGAAUAUUACGACAUCGCCAGCAACGAGUGGCGCUCUGCGGCUCCAAUGCCAUGGAGGGGCGUGACUGUGAAGUGUGCUGCUGUGGGUGAAGUCAUCUACGUGCUGGCGGGGUUCCAGGGGGUGGGCCGGCUUGGUCACGCCUUGGAGUACCACACAGAAACUGAUCGAUGGGUGACGUACAGCAAAGUGCGAGCGUUUCCCGUCACCAACUGCCUGAUCUGCGUCGUCGACACAUGUGGGGUCAACGAGGACGAAGACGUUGACCUGAUUGACUCGCAGCAAACAUCUACCGCGACCUCAUCUGCCUCUACCUCCUCUACCGCCACAACUUCACAGAAGUAGACUUUUUUUUCUUUUAUUGUUAAAAAAACGUACCUGUACAGUAGUGUAUUUAUUUCUUAAACGUUCAGAAUUGUUAGAAGAUGUUGUGGUUCAAGUAUAAGUGGGAAAACUUGAUUUGAUUUGUUGAAAAAGUGAAGAAACUGUUUGACAACAGUGUAAAUGCAUGUUGUUCUCAUUCUUUUUUAUUAAAAAUGUGCAUAUUUUCAGCAUCAGCCAUACCAUUGCAAUAUAAAAACACAUGAUCCACUUUGAAAUGGCUACUUUUUUGUUUUACAAUUUUAAAAAAUACAUACAAAUAGACAGGAAAAAUACAUAAAAUGUUAAACUGAGAAUGCAACAUAGUUAAACUCAUAGUUGCAUUGAUUAUUAGUGCAUCUUCCAUGUAAACAAGGCAACGCAGAUGGUUUUGGUGAGAUGAUUAAAAUAUUUUUUUUUAUAACUUCCCCUAAAAUGUGUUGACUUGUUUUGUACCUAAUCUGGAUAAAAGCGUAUUCUAAAUGUUGAAGUCUGGAGAAAAGGGUAAAAAGAUGAAGCAUAAUGGAAUGUGAAAAAGGUGCAAUUCAGAGUAAACAUUAAAAAGACAUUCCUCUCUUGACUGUAUGA